GGCGGGGUGGGGCUGCCCGAGCUGGCCGCCCUUUUUGCAACCCGGGACGAGGCUUCACGCUGGGGCCCUGCGUGCGCGCCCGGUGUUCGCCGAACGCCGCGCUCCAGCCUUGUUCAGGGGCGGGUAGGUAGCGGUUGGUUAACGAUUUAACCGUUCGCUCCGGACGUUGAAGCUUCGAUCCUGGCCUCUGGCUCCUCCCCAUUCCUGGAGCGCCCCCAGCCGGGGGAACAAAUCUGCCCUCCUGUGUCUGUGGUGUCGCCUGCAGGAGCUGCCUCUGCCUGUUAGGGGUCCCCUGGCUGCUGUGGCCCUCUGAUUGCCCUGUCUACCCUCUGCACUUGCUGGACUUGAGAGCUGCCCCUGCCCCUGCCUGUUGCCUUGUGAGCGAGCGUCGGCCCCGCCCCGGCCGGCACCAUGCCCAUCCUCAAGCAGCUGGUGUCCAGCUCUGUGCACUCAAAGCGCCGCUCUCGAGCGGACCUCACGGCUGAGAUGAUCAGCGCCCCUCUGGGUGACUUCCGCCACACCAUGCACGUGGGCCGGGCUGGAGAUGCCUUUGGGGAUACCUCCUUCCUCAACAGCAAGGCAGGUGAGGCUGACAGUGAGUCCCUGGACGAGCAGGCCUCGACAUCGUCAUCUUCCAAACGCAGCCUCCUGUCCCGGAAGUUCCGGGGCAGUAAACGGUCACAGUCCGUGACCCGAGGGGACCGGGAGCAGAGAGACAUGCUGGGCUCCCUGCGGGACUCAGCACUGUUUGUCAAGAAUGCCAUGUCCCUGCCUCAGCUCAAUGAGAAGGAAGCCACUGAGAAGGGCUCCAGCAAGCUCCCUAAGAGUCUGUCAUCCAGCCCUGUGAAGAAGGUGGAUGCUGGAGACUCUGGCCAGGAGACAGGCUCAGGGGAGAUGGGUCCUCGUCGGAAUGGGGCCACAGGCCCUCACUCUCCUGACCCACUCCUCGAUGAGCAGGCCUUUGGGGACCUGACAGAUCUACCCAUUGUGCCCAAGGCCAGCUAUGGGCUGAAACAUGCCGAGUCUAUCAUGUCUUUCCACAUCGACCUGGGGCCCUCCAUGCUGGGUGACGUCCUCAGCAUCAUGGACAAGGAUGAGUGGUACCCAGAGGAGGAAGAGGGUGGUGGUUACCGUGACAAAGAAGGCCCCAGCAGCAUGGUCCAGGCUCCCGCUUUGCUGGAGGUAGCUCCUCCAAUAGGAAAACAGGAAAGCAAGGCUAGCUCGGACCAGGCCUCCAUGUUGCCCCCACAUGCUCUGGAAGACGACAGGUGGGCAGUGGCAGCCCCCAGCCCCAGCUCAGCACGCAGCGUCAGCAGCCACACCACACGGGACAGCAGUUCCCUGUCCAGCUGCACCUCAGGCGUCCUGGAGGAACGCAGCCCAGCUUUCCGAGGCCCAGACAGGGCCCGGUCUGCUGCCCCAAGGCAGCCAGACAAGGAAUUCUCCUUCAUGGAUGAGGAGGAGGAGGAAGAUGAGAUCCGAGUUUGAGGCUGGACAGAAAGUUGACAGUAGUUUCCACAACUCUGGGCUGCAUCAUUUCCCUGCUGCUGCCUUCACUAUGACCUUUGACCUUCCUAUGUAGGUGCAGUUAAGAGCCUCAUUGGAGUAGACCCUGGACCUCACGGAUUGGGGUGCCAGGGAGGUAGCAUGGGUACUUAUGGCCUGACUCUGACCUGUUCUUCCUCUACUGCAGCAACCUGGGACAGAGCUGUGUCCCAGCAGGAAUCUAUUCUUCUCUCUCUGGGCCCCUUGCUUCCAGCCUGGCCUGAGUUGGAUGCCAGAUGAUAGUUUGUAUUCCUGCAGCAAUGUCAGGGCAGGAAGGUCAUGGACACUUGGCUCCCUCUUUUCACCUGGUGUCUAGUGCCUACCAGGGAGAUCUAUGCAGCACGAGGCAGGGGUGACCACACGUCCGGGCUCUUCUUUCUCCACCCCUGGCUCCUCACUGGAAGCCUGGUGCUCUUUGGGCUCAGUUGGAACAGGGGACAGCCUCAACCAAUACACUAAAUGCAGUCCUUCCCAGGCGCGCCAGGACAGUGGGGCACAGAAGGAACUCCCACGGCCCCUAGCUUCUUGUGUUUUCAAGAAGGGGCCCUUCUUCAGUGACACUAGGAACAGGAAGGGCUAUCUCUGCCCUACGGGUGCAUUUGUUUGUUGUUGUUGUUAUAUGUUUAAACCUGAAUAGAGCUACCAGGAGAAUAUAAUCCUGUUAGCAAGAUUGUCUUGGUGGCACAGUGACUGGUAGCUUACUCAAAUCUGGGUGUACAGACCCUGUCCAGGUUGAACUGGGGGGGGGGGGCAGCCGCCACCAGUUUGUCCAUGAACCCCACCUUUAUAGCUGUUAACAGCUGAAGACUAUGUAGGAAUGUUCUGGAAAAUGAUGGUUAAAUAAUGCAUUGUUCCCUGGAGUGUGAGCUGUGUUAUUGACUGGGUGUUUCCCUCCCCCUCCCCUACUCUGUGGAGGACAGUGUCUCCUUCCAUUCUCAGCCUCUCCCAACUGCCCAGACCAGGACUCAGGUGGGCUAAGGGCCAGGCUGAGCAAGACCCUAUUCAGUUUGAAUUCCAGGUUAACAAAAGUGGGUUUUUGUUUGUUUGCUUUUUGAGACACGGUCUCCCUCUGUAGUCCAAGCUGGCCUUAAAUUUGCAGCAAAGCCUCUCAUACCCUAGGAGCUGAGGUUACAGGUGUGCACCAGCGGCCCUGGCUGUUUGUCUGAAAUCUGUUUUGCUUGGCUCCUGUAACUCUACCCAGAACAUGGGUAGAAGCAGGGGCCAGAGUCCCAGGGGUGGUGGUUCAUUCCUUUUCUGUGCUGGGAACAGGCUGGCCCACCUUCUGAUCUAGCAUAGCCAGUGGGAAUCUGGGGAGAGAGCAAGCUACAUUACAAUAGGAUCCUGGCCAGAUGAGGGUGGUGGCCUGCCAUGGGCUGCUCUGCUUCCGAGGUCCUCCCAGAUCCUGACCCGGAAACACUCACUGGGCUCCUGACUGGUGCUCCCACAUAGUAGCCAUUGACAGAGUCACAGAACUGUGCCUCUGGCCAGCAGCACACACACCCCUCCUGAUCUACCCAGUCGGUUCUAGACUUUAAACUUUGUAUUUUUUCCGUGACAUUGAUAAAGCAGUAAGAAAACAUUAAAAUUUCCUCCUAGUA